AUGCAGAUCUUUGUGGGGCAUGAUAAGCCCACGAAGCCCCCCAUCUGUCAUGGCUUUGCCCUCUUCUGGGGCCUGGUCUUUGGUUUAUUCAUGAAAAGUGCACCAGUGAAGGCUUGCCCCAGCACUUGUCACUGUAUAGAGAAGAGUGGAAUGACAGUGGUUCAAUGUAUGUCUCGCAAUUUGGAGAAGAUCCCACCAGAUCUACCAAGGGACACAGUUGUGCUACUGUUGGCCUCCAACCACAUCACCCACAUCCCCAACUACGCCUUCAAAGACCUGCACUACCUUCAGGAGCUGGACCUGUCCAACAAUGACAUUGAAACAGUGGAUGUUGGGGCAUUUCAAGGUGUUUCUGACAGCCUCCUUGUCCUGGAUCUAUCAAACAAUCACAUCCAAAGUGUCCCUAAAGAGGCAUUUGCCCGUCUUCGAGCGAAAAUCAGCUUCUCCAACAACCCGUGGCACUGCGAGUGCACGCUGCAGGAGGUCCUGAGGGAGCUGCGUCUGGACCCAGAGACGGUGAACGAGGUGAUCUGUCACACGGCAGUGCAGGAGGAAUAUGCAGGCAAACCGUUAAUCCAGGUGCUGGACUCAGGGAUCAACUUCUGUAACUUUCACCACAAGACCACAGAUGUAGCCAUGUUUGUCACCAUGUUUGGAUGGUUCACCAUGGUGAUUGCAUAUGUGAUCUAUUAUGUAAGACACAAUCAGGAGGAUGCCAGGCGGCACCUGGAGUACCUAAAGUCACUGCCCAGCAGCUCUCAGAUCAGCAAGGACUUUGACACCAUCAGCACUGUUCUCUAG